CCACCUCUCCCGGCACGGACGCCCCUCCGGGCACCCGUGUCCCCUCCGCGGGGAUCCCAGGCCCCGCAGCGCCCAGCACCCCUUCCCCGCCCCGCCCCGCCUCGCCUCGCCCGGCAGCAGCCGCCGGCUCCGGAGCGGUUUCUCGGCUGCACUCGGCCCCCGGAAGGGCGCCGGGCGGCAGCGCGCAGGGGAGAGGAAGGGCCGGGCCGGGCGGGGAGGGGACGGGACGGGGCCGGGGCCAUGAACGGCUCGGCGAACUCGCUGCUGGACAAGGAGGAGCACCCGCUGCAGCUGGGCGAGAGCUUCGAGCGGCGGCCCAAGGCCUCCUUCCACACCAUCCGCUAUGAUUUUAAGCCAGCAUCGAUUGAUACAUCUUGUGAGGGUGAGCUCCAAGUUGGUAAAGGAGAUGACGUAACAAUCACUUUGCCACAUAUUCCUGGUUCAACUCCACCAAUGACUGUGUUUAAAGGAAAUAAAAGGCCAUAUCAGAAGGACUGUGUGCUUAUUAUCAAUCAUGACACUGGGGAGUAUGUGCUGGAAAAACUUAGUAGCAGCAUUCAAGUCAAGAAAACAAGAGCAGAGGGCAGCAGUAAGAUCCAAGCCCGAAUAGAGCAACAGUCUGCCCGAGCAUCUCAGCCUCCUUCACAGUUCAGAGCCCCAACCAAGCCAGCAGCUGGACCUAAAACUUCUCCUUUGAAAGAUAAUCCUUCCCCUGAGCCUCAGCUGGAUGACAUCAAGAGAGAGCUCAGAGCAGAGGUUGAAAUUAUUGAGCAGAUGAGCAGCAGCAGUGGAAGCAGCUCAUCGAAUUCAGAAAGCUCAUCUGGGAGUGAAGAUGAAAGCUCCAGCAGUGAGGGGGAAGAGCCAGCACAUGUUUCCCCUUCCCAGCCACCACACCAGCAGUAUAACAACAGGAAUGCUGUUGCUAACGGCACCAGCAGGCCACAAGGAAGCAAUCAGCUCAUGAACACGCUCCGAAACGACUUGCAGUUGAGUGAGUCUGGAAGUGACAGUGAUGACUAGAGGCUGAGCUUUUGCUGUUUCUGUUACAUAUACAUGAAGAACUAAUUUGCCUUGAAGUGAUCCUGUUGCUUACGAAGAGGAGCCAGUGCAGAUAGUUCCAUGUGUGGAAUUUUAGUAGAGAAAAUGCAUAGUCCCUACAAAAUAGCAAUGCUGAGGGCUGUUUUACUUUGUGAAUUAGGUGUAUAUUUGUGUAUAUUCUUAUUCUUUUAAAGCUUUAAAUAGAUAUGUACAGUGGGUAAGCCCAUGUAUGUUCUCAUGUUCCUGUCCAUGAUCUGUACGUUUAAUGUGUAACUUCAUUAUGUCAUCUAAAAAUUUCUUGUUUGUUGAAGAUAUUCAGCCCAUCAUGACUUUGGGGGGUGUGGGAAGGAGCAAUUUUUGUACAUAGGGUGAAUAUGAGCCAACAAUGAAUUUAAAAAGACAUGCAGGAGCUAAUGUGUACACUGAAGUGGGACUGCCAUAAAUUAAGUUUCUAUGCUAAUUUGAUUUCUUUGGUUUGGGACUUUUAAAAUGUAUUUUUAUUGCUAUUUAUGGCUGAUUUAAUUGACUUGCUUUUAAACAGUUGGAAAAGAUAAAUCAUAAAGCCAUGCUCGUCACAAACCUGGCUGCACCAGUGCCUUAUAAGCAGGUUUUUUAAACAGAGCUUCAAUUCCUGCCACCUUUCCUAUAGGGAGCAAUACUGAAACCUCUUCAGAUUGCUUUUGCAGAUAAGAGCUGUAUUUCACAUACAGACAGUUGCACUCAGAGGGUAGUUACUCUAGCAAGAUAAAGGAUAUACAUCAUACAUCGACGCAUCCAAAUAAGAAGCAGAUUAGCAUUUUCUUGUGUAACUGAACUGUCUCGUUUAACUCAGACAUUCAGACCUAGUCUUUGGAAAUACUUAGGAGCCUGAUUACAAGUGAAAUUGCAAUGUCACAGAUAGAAGAUACUGGACUUACUGAAACUGUUAAGACCAGAGCCCUGUUUGCAGUUUCCUAGAGUAUACAGAAAGAAGAGAUGACUAAACAAUUGUGAAACAGCCGAAGUCACUCUCCCACCACAGUUGUCCAGGUAGACUUUAGUUCAUACCGUUUUUUGGACAGGAUCUCUGUGCUUGGCAGGAUUAUGCAGAACAUGAAAUAUUUGCCUAGGGUGAAAUUCACUCCUGUUUAAGGGGGUUUAAAAGGUGCUUAGUUGGGUUAUCAUUAACUUUUUUUGCUUGCAUGGAAAACAAGUGCCACAGGCAGCUUCUUAAAACACCAGGCUGACUUUUUAGAACCAAAAUUCAACUUGCAUAGGACAAGUGGCACUGUAGUUGUGGCGUAAUCCAGAGGAAUGGGAAGCUGAAUUGGAGGCCUCUCCAUUCUCAAGUGUCUGCUUAGCACUGCUGUUGUCUGUCAGUGAAUUUGUUUAACUCCUGUUUGUUUACUGAGCUUGUUCUUUCUUUUUUUAAGGUGUUGAAGAGCAAGGGGACAUUGGCAGGGAGAUUUUAUUAAAUGGUUUAUUUUUUUGCAUUAGAUAAAUAUUUAGGCAUAUUUUUGCAUUAUUGUACAUACAUUUAAAAAUGCUUGUUUUUUUUAAAGUGUUUUAUGAUGUGGGUACAUAUUUUAACAGACAGUUAUGAAAUAUACUUGAUGUAAAGCCACAAA